UUCGGCGACUUUAUCACCGACCGAGGUGCUGGACUCGGACCUCAGCAUAACCUUCGUGCAUCCUCCUUGUCUCAUCCAGUAGCUACCAGGCUGCGGUUGAUCUUGGCUUGGCUGGGAAGAUGAACGUCAUCAACUCGGUGAAGGAGUACGUCACAACCGUGUUCGACCUCGGGAGCAACCACACCGAAGCGAUCGAUGUGGUCGCGAUUCAGCAUGGCGCACCCGACCGUCAGGUCCGAUGCACUCCUUUCUACGUGCGCUUUGAGAUGACAAAGUACCUGGAACGACGCGUGGAAGUCUACGUCAAUGGCGAGCAGGCUCCAGGCGUGUACAUGGAGCUCGACUCGAACGGAGAAGCCUUCUUCGUGCACGCCGCGACCGUCGACACGGACGUCUCGGAGUCCAUCGAGCCCUUGUUCUUCACCGACUUCGACGAUGCUCCUGUUCCGUCGUCACAAGCCUCCCCUCACUUCAACGCUCCAUCUCCGACAAACGAUCUGACGGCUCCGAGGGCCAGCAUGCCGUUUACAGCAGACAUGCGCGCUCCCAGCAUCUACUUCGACGCCAUGCACAGCGUCCCUCCGUCACUUGACAAGGCCAUGCUGCAAAAGUCCACUAGCGAUUACUUCGACGCGCAGACCGAGAGCGGCCCCAUCCCGUGUUCCGCCGACUGCGACACCGUACACGGCUUGGAGCGUUCGCCAGAUGCAUUGCCGCCCGCGCUGUCUCUCUGCGGGGAUCUCAUGUCCACAGCAUCGUCCGCUGACGAAGCCGCGGCCAUCUUUCGCAAGCAUCAAGUGUCGGCCGAAUCGUUUCGCCGCCAUGCCGCCGCCAUCCUCCAAGAUCCGUCGCUCAUGGUGAUGGUCCGCGGCGAGUAUCGUCGGUACGACCUGUUUGCGCAGGCGCUGGUUGUGUCGGCCGCGUGCUUUCCAUGUUCGUCCAUGAUGUGGGAUACAGCAUCAUUCCCCCACACGGCGGCGGUAGACGCGACUCGCAAGCAGCGCCGACACACGAUCGAAGGGACGAUUUUCGACUUGGCGGCCCCCACCACCCGCCUCGAUCUGUCCGACACCCGUGACGUGGCACCCCCACAGGAACCACGCGCGGCGUCGACGUGGUUGCGUUGGUUUCGAUCAAGUGCAGCAGACCAUGCCCGCCUUCCCGAGUCAUCCCCCCCUCCAUCCCCUCCACCUCUUGACCAUCAUCGCAGUGUGUAUCCGUCCGAAGCCCAGCUCACGGCCAUGAACCUAGCUUAUGGCGCCAACACACUCGAGUUCCGCGUCCAGUCGACUGUGUGUGGCGAUGACGAUGUGCGCGUCACGUCCACCUUGUUUCUGUGGCACGCAUCAUCCAAGCUUGUGGUAGCCGACAUUGACUUGGUCGUCGGGUCGGACUCGUUCGAUCGUUCGGCGUCGAGCGCCGCCGACUUCUUCACGCACGUGCUUGGGCACGGGUACCAGCUCAUCUACCUCUCGUCUCGCCGCCGGUCUGUCCGGGACGACCUCCCCCAUGCCCCGCUCCUGGGCGCAUUCCUUGGGCUGGCCCUGGACACCCCAGACCAAACAAGCGUCAAGCUGGCCAUGCUGCAGCAACUCCAGGCGCUGUACCCCCCCGACGUGAACCCAUUCUACGCUGGACUUACCAACGCCCACCACGCGCAUGCAUUCCUUCAUUCGGGACUCCACCCCGGGAAGGUGCUCGUGAUGGACGGCGGGAGGUUCCGCCUCGCGCACCAAAAGGUACUCAAGGCCACAGACACAUCGUACGCCGACCUCAAGGACCCGCGCACGUUCGACAUGAUGUUUCCCUUUGUCCAACAGCAGCAGCAUGACGCCACGUUCCAAGAAGAAGCGUUCAACGACAUGAACUUCUGGCGCCUCCCGCCCCCGCGCAUGUAACAAGCACCCAUAUUGUAUCUAUAUCAUGUGCAAUCUGUACCUUGCCGUGUCUAGUAUCCAUAUUCGUGGAUGGGGUUGUACGUUUGGAAAGGAUUACACAAGCAAGGGGGUGAAUAUAUAUUAUAUAUAUAUAUUGUGGAUUCGG